UCGGACGGAUGCGUCUUAUGGGUGAAAAAUCGAUCGAUGUCAAUCGGCGAAUUCGAAGGAAACGUUAACUAUCGUGAUGUUUGUCGUAGAUCAAAUAUCGUUUGGAAACGUGAUUUAUUUUAGUGCCAGGCGUAGCGACGUGGAGCACGUUGCUAAAGUGUGCUUUCGAUAUCGUUGAAGGAUUAUCGUUAACCGAUUACCGCUUCGGUAUCCAAGUUUAUAAAUAACGAAAUAAAGUUUCAUUCGUAAUACAGCCAAUACAACGAAUUAUAAGGUCUUUAGUGAUAAAAUGUGUCGGUUUCACGUAUCGAUAAUCGCUGAGAGGUUUCUCGCUUCGCUAUUUCUACCUUUCUAGAAAUACGUAUGGACGGUUUAAUGAUAACAUGUCAACAUUGAAAUUAAGUAUGCAGGAUAAGAAAGACUUGGAUAAAUUUACCAAAUUUCUGGCGUUAAAGGCUGCUCAAAUCAUAGUACAGUCCAGGUCAGGAGAGAAAGUAUGUACAAAGUGCAAACCAAAUUCAUCGGGUACAGAUUGGUUCAACUUGGCGAUUCAAGAUCUGCCAGACGUCUUAGCGGAGGCUAAGAGAGCGCUGUGUGGCGAGAUAGUAAAUUCCACGAUACCACUUUGUAUAGAAAUCUCCUUGAGAACCGUAGAAGGCGAUACGAUGGUUUUAGAAACUUGGAGUUUGGGCGUUUUACCGGAACACAGUGAUCCUACAGUAAGAGUAACGUAUACGGUUUACAACAGGAUGGGUAUUUUACUAAAGUCGUUGCUCUCGGUCUCGAGGAUUACUCCGGCUUACAAAUUAAGUCGUAGGCAAGGACCGGACUCUUACGUUAUCUGCUACAGAAUUUAUAUGGGGGAGCCUCAGCUGCAUACUUUAGGAGACAACUACAAGCACGUAAGAGUAGGACAACUCUGCACCCCGGUCGGUACCAUUCAUUUGUCCGUGUCGUACAGGACCAAAAUGACCAUUUCUCCUACCCAUACGGGACGAGAUUCGAUCAUGCUCAAGAGCGAUCACUUUCAUUCGGAUCUAAGUCCACGUCAUGCCCGUUAUCAGCAAAGCGAAGAAAAUUCCAAAUCUUUGAGCGAUACCAUAAAAGUAGGAGCGUUCGUCAUCAGUAAGCCCCCGAUGGUUAAUGAGGGAGAUUUGGUAAUACCGGACGUACCGUUCAGCUCUUUGCUGACUCCUCGACAAACGUCGCCGCCUCCCGGUUCUCUCGCCGAUACUAUAAAUACGAAAAACGUGACAGCAGGCGUUGCCACGGACAGUAACAACGGUAACAAUGAAAGACUGUCGAACGAUAACGCAACGUCAAAGUCUAACUCUCAGAAUGAGUCUAGAAGAAGUAGUUGUUCUAUGACCAGCGCGAAUGACGAUUUCAUUAUGGUAGAUUUGAAAACACCUUUCGCAAUUACCAAUACUAAUAGCGAUUUGGGAGCUUUUUAUCGAGAAUGUCAAAGCGCGCCUCAGCUUCAAGCAUUUAUGGAGGAGAGAACGUUGGCGGAACAAGUGGGAGAUCUUACUAAGCAAUUGGAAACGUUCGAAACGAACAUGCAGCAUUACGAAGACAUUCUAUCGUCGCUUUGUCAAACGGAAAACAAUAAUUAACGGGGAAAUUUUUCAUGUAUUUCGAUGUGUAAGAAUAUCAUUUAUUACACUAUGCACCCAUAUUUAUUGAAAUCGUUCUCAUCGAGUAGUAUAUUGUAUCGUUAUUAGGAAUGAACAUCAAUUUGCUGGUGCUCGUGCAACGAUCGUUAUUCGACGAAAACGGCUAGUAAACGCUUCACGAACGUCGCGCCGCUUCUAUUAUUUCUCUAUCAGAUUAUAUAGAAUUGAUAGAAUUAAUCUUUUACGAUGAAAAUUUUGCCAAAAUUUUAUUUCGAAAAUCAUGAAUCGUAUGGGAUAAAACAUUUAAAGAUAUAUGCCGUUGUUAAAUGUUUUCUUGAUUCUUAUAUACAUUUAAGAAGAAACGUUGGAUGUAACUCCUUGUUGAUCGACGCAAGCGUGGUGCGUGCGUGCGUGCUGCGCCUAUAUUUAUAUACAUAUACAUCAUAUAUUAACCCUCUAUACGCCAUGUAAACUCGUACGCUUAUAUAUAUAUAUAUAUAUAUAUAUUUUAAGUUUUAUUUUAUUUCAUUAUACUUUUUUUUGUUACAAAAUUUAUUGUUAUUUCAUGUUCAAAGUUUUUAAUAUUUUUCAAGUACAUCGUCCCUCGAUUUAAACAGAGUAUUUCUAGUGUUUUAUCAAAGUAGUACUUAAUUUGCGAGAACGAUCUGGAAUUCAAAUUCCGAUUUUCAUCGAUCGAAAGAACAACUUUUCUCUCUAUCGUACGAAAUAUCAUACGAUAUAUUAUAUCGCAAGCCAAACGAAAAAGAAAAAAAAACAAUGUGUGCUCGAUCGAAUAAGAAUUUGCAGCUUAUCGAUGUACGAUAAAUUCAGUAAAUAAAAAAGACAUUUUCACGCACAAAAAAGAUAUACGUGUUUUCUAAUCGCAUACGAAAAAUACCGUGUAAAUCGAAGGACGAGCGUAUGAAUUUUAUACUCGGUACGAUAUAAUUACGUUACUAUAAGUAAAUUUUGUAUAAUUUUUUUGUAAACAGGAAAAAAGAUUUGGUUAUGGAGGGUUAGUCGACGUUGUCAUUGUGUGUACGAAAAUGUGAAUACUAUUAUUGUUUAUUAUCGAUAAUUGUUAAUUAGUCUAAUUGGAAAAUUUACAAUUAUUUAUUGUCUGUAUAUAGUGUAAAUUAUUCUUUAGUACGAUUAUAACUUUCAUUGAAUAAACAAAUUGCGUUAUCUUA